AUGACGGGAAGAAGUGCUGAUGAUUAUAAUACUGUUUUCAAUAUGAUGUUAACACAUGAACAGAUUAAAAUUGGACUUAAUCAAUUUUCCAUCAUCACAACAGAUUUUGAAGCAGCUUUGAUGAACUCUAUCAAAGAAAAGAUCAGCAAAGAGACAGUUCUUACUGGAUGCAUAUUUCAUUACAUUGCUGCGCUUGUAAAGAACUUUAAGAAGUUGUGCAAUCAAGAUGAUCAUGCAUCCAAAUCUUUAUUAAAAUUAUUAUGUGGGUGCCCAUUCGUUCCUAAUUCAGUUUUUAAACUUAUCUGUUCCAAGUUAGAAUUAAUUAAAGAUACUUCAAAAUUUGCCGCUUAUUUCCUUCGCACAUGGAAAUAUAAAUACGAAGAAAUAAAUAAAAUGAAUGUGAAGGAUAUGAUUUUUUCGAAUAAUGGCGUGGAAUCAUUUAACAAGGUACUGAACUCACACAUAAUAUAUCCACAUCCAACAAUUUUCCAUAUGAUAUAUACUUUACUUCAAGUUGAUACAGUAAUCGCUCAUAGAUAUUUAACCAAUCAACGAAACCAGUAUGAUCAUAAAAAAUCGUACUAUAUCUCGUUAACUAAAAUUAAUGAAGAAUUAUUUACUUUUGAAAGAAAUUUUAAUCUCGAAAUUUCAGAAAUACCAAAAGAAGAAAUUGACAAAUACAAAAAUCAAUUUCAUCCAGGAGAUAUUGAUUAUCGUGAUAUUGAAAUUGAGAAAUUUAUGAACAGGAAUGAUUCAGAGAUAAAUGAUUCAAUUAAAAUAAACUUAGAAAAUGAUGAAGAUGGAAAAAUCACAGAAUUUACAUUAAAUGAAUCAGAUGUAUUCAAUUGA